AUGGACAACACACACGGCAUUGGGCAGAGGCUGACCCUCCUGGCUCUCCUCUUCACAUCAGUAUGUGCUCAUUCAUGGGUGGAACAGCUUAUGGUUAUCGCGCCCAACGGAACCUUCGUCGGCUCCCCAGGGUAUCCUCGGGGGUAUGUCCCUCGCUCAGAUCCCUCGUUCAAUGACGGAUCUAUGACUUACAUACUCCCACGUGACGGAGGGACAAAAGUCACUGAAUCGGAUAGUCUCUGUUCAGAGACUCAACGGAAACAGGACCAGACUGAUGGAUAUCCACGAUUGCAGGCGAGCGCAGGCGCCGCCGUUGCCCUCCGCUUCCAAGAAAACGGCCACGUAACAUUGCCGGAUACUCAACAAGGGAAGCCGAAGAAUCGCGGGACAAUCUAUGUUUACGGCACAGCGGAACCGAAACAAGACGAAAAGCUUCUGGGCGUUCACAAUGUGUGGACUGCGGACGGAACUGGUGGUGAUGGCCGCGGCGUUCUCCUAGGGAAACGUAACUACGACGAUGGGCGCUGCUAUCAAGUCAACGGUGGUGAAAUCUCUGAGACCCGGCAAAAGGACUACCCACACGAUGCGGACCAAUAUAUGGGAGGCGAUUUAUGGUGUCAAGCGGACAUCGGCAUCCCAAGCAGCGCGCCAUCCGGUAAGCCUUAUACCCUUUACUGGGUUUGGGACUGGCCUACCGAGGCUGGUGUCGAUCCCGGCCUACCUGACGGAAAGCAAGAAAUGUAUACGACCUGCAUGGAUGUGGACGUGGGCGAGGCUGAUAACACACUCAGCCGCACGGGUCAGAAUGUGAAUUACGACCAUGACCAGUCUCUGAACGGGGCGGCUAUCCCGGAACAAUUCAAAGCGAUCUUCAACUCUGAAUCAGGGGAAUCAACUGCGGCGGGCACUUCUACUUCACACUCAGAGGUGCCCUCUUCGAGCACCACGACAGCUCCUUCUGAAUCGUCCACGGUGCCUCCCAAGGCGACAGUCACGGUAACUUCGUUUGUAACAUCUGUGCAGUAUGUCAGACUCACGGGUAGUGCUUCGACUCCGUCAGCGACGCCACCUUGA